AGGGAGAAGGGCAUAAGAAUGGUGUCAGCUCCAAGUCCCAAAGAUUUUGUUACUCCUGUCCUGUCUGCCUCCUCCUCCCCUGCCCCCCUCCACUCCAUGGUGCUGCACCACCGCGGCGCACCACCUGCGUAGCGCAAGCUCCAACAGAAGCAAAGCUUGAGAGGCUCCCGGCCAGUCCAGGGAAGGGGAGGAGGCAAGGAUGGGAUCCCCCAAGACGUCCAAGAGCUCGAUGAAGCAGGGCAUCUGGCGCCGGAGGAUCGGGGCGCCCUUCGCCGCCGUCCUCGUCGCCGCCGUCCUCGCCGUCGUUGUCUUCUCCGGCCAGUUCGCCAAGGGCCCCAACGCUUCCUCCCAAUUCGCUCCGGUACAAGUCGACAGCACCCUGCGGCCCAGGCGCGAUAAGCCGCUCUCCACAGAUCAAGACUUUGGGAGAACGGGUUCUUCAAAUCCACAAGACGAGGACGCUGAGUUAAAAAAUGAGAAUGAGCAAUCCCCCAACAAGGAGGAAGCAACCGAAGUGCAGAAACUAUCUCAGGCGGCUGGUAUUGAACAAGACGACGAUUCCUCAAAUCCUGACUCGUUGGACAAGGAAUCUCCCUCACAAAGUGAGGAAGGAGGAAGUGCUGCAGAGUCCGCACCAUACACCAAGUGUACAACUCCAUCCGACACAAAGAUCUGUGAUCUCUCCAACCCACGCUUCGACAUCUGUGAGCUGUGUGGCGAUGCUCGCACGGUUGGACAGUCCUCCACUGUUGUGUAUGUGCCACAGAACCGCGCUUCCAACAGUGAAGAGUGGAGUAUCCGAGCACAAUCCCGAAAGCACAUUCCCUGGAUCAAGAAAGUGACCAUCAAAUCUGUGAAUUCCACAGAACCAGAACCCAAAUGCACCUCUAAGCAUCACAUCCCAGCCAUUGUCUUUGCGCUAGGUGGGCUAACGGCAAAUGUCUGGCAUGACUUCAGUGAUGUCCUUAUCCCACUGUUCCUCACUGCCCGUCAAUUCAAUGGAGAUGUCCAGCUCGUCAUCACCAACAAUCAGCCCUGGUUCAUUAAGAAGUACUCUGCAAUCUUUAGCCGCCUCACACGGCAUGAGAUUAUUGAUUUCGAUGCAGAUAACCAGGUCAGGUGUUAUCCGCAUGUCAUUGUUGGUCUCAGGAGCCACCGGGACCUUGGGAUCGACCCAAGUUUUUCACCACAGAACUAUACAAUGGUAGACUUCCGGUUAUUUGUCCGAGAAGCCUAUGGACUGCCUUCAGCUGAAGUGGACAUACCCUAUAAGGCCGACAAAGAUGACCCUGACAAGAAGCCCCGGAUAAUGCUCAUUGACAGGGGUAAAACAAGGAAACUCGUCAACGCAGCACAUGUUGAACAGGGGCUGGAUUGGUUUGGUUUUGAGGUGGUCAAGGCCAACCCAAAGAUCGAUUCUAAGCUUGAUGAAUUUGUCCGCCUUGUUGACUCCUGUGAUGCAAUCAUGGGAGUGCAUGGUGCGGGCUUGACUAACAUGGUAUUUCUGCGGUCCAGGGGAGUGGUGGUGCACAUUGUGCCAUAUGGGAUCGAAUUCAUGGCUGAUGGGUUCUAUGGUGCACCUGCUCGGGACAUGGGCCUGAGACAUGUCCAGUACAAUAUCAGUGCAGAGGAGAGCACGCUGCUGGAGAAAUAUGGUUGGAACCAUACUGUUAUCAAUGAUCCUGAAACCAUCAGGAAGGGUGGAUGGGAGAAGCUUGCGGAGUUCUACAUGUCCAAACAGGACAUUAUGCUUAAUAUGACAAGGUUUGGACCAAGCCUGUUGAAUGCAAUAGAGUUCAUCAUGUAAGUUUGUGAGAUGAGGUUUUUGAGUUUGUUGUAGCUAGCAGCAUUCUACAGUUUCACGAAAAAAAUACGCUUCGUUUUUUAUUUUUUGAGUUGCGAAUAGGUGGAAUAGUUCUUGUUUGUUCUUCUAGUGCUGCCUCUGUAUAGGAUUGUGACAGUAAGAUUUGAUUAGCCAUGAUGUACUGUUACAGGCAAGAUGACAAUAAACCUGAAUGCUGAGUCUUUUUUAGAACCAAA